GUUGCUUGAAUGGAAUCAUGGACUUAGCCAAACCAAUUUCUCUCGUCACUCUCUUCCGUUGAGUCGCUGAAGCAUUAUUGAUGAUGCCCCUGCUGAAGCAAGAACCCAAGCAACCCAGCUGCUCAAGAAGUCGUACUUCUCUGUGAGUUUUCUUUUCCUUUUACUUUUUUAGAUUUCAGUUUAAUAUCAAGAAAACAUUUGAAUAUAUCAAUACAUAUAUUUGUUUGUGUUGGAAUUGUCUACCUCUUUUAUUGUUUGAAUCUUGUAAUCGAUCCCUAUGUGUCAGAGCAACUUAACAUUUUGAUUUUGGGAUUGGGGUCGUGAGUUAUUCUCUCUGCUGUCUGUUGUUGUUUUCUGGUUUGCUGGUGUAGUUUUCCUUUUAACAGGGGUAUGCAUUGUUGUAGGCAUUGUGAACACCAAUAUAGAAAAUUAUUGAGAUGGGGUCUUCUUAAUGUUUGUUUUCCAAUUGAACAGUUCAAUCUUCAUUAGGUCUUAAUAUAUAUUCUUCUAGCAAUAUAAAUCCCAUACACACACACACACAAUUUUAUAUAUUUAUCUUGCCCCCAAAAAUAAUUUGUAUCCUGUGAAUCCUCGAAAAAAAAAGGCCAAGUUUUUUUUUUAGCUCUGUAGCUGUCCUUGCAGGUAGUCAUCCACCACCCAAGAUUCCUGUUCCAGUCCCUCCAUCUCGUUCUACAAAGAGUGAUGAGUCAUUAGGUCGGCCGCUUCAACUGAGUGAAGAAGGUCAGAUUCUUGAGGCGGCUAUUGAAGCAGCUGCAAAUGCAGUAAUCAAGAUCGUGGAUAGUUUGAAUGAGUGGGACAGUAGAGCAGGUGAUGGUGACUGUGGGUCAACAAUGUAUAAAGGUGCAACUGCGAUAUUAGAGGACUUGGAAACUUAUCCUCUGAAUGAUGCUGCUGAAACGGUGAAUGAAAUAAGAUCAUCUAUUGGAAGAGUUAUGGGAGGAACAAGCGGGAUCAUAUAUAGUAUAUUUUGUAAGGCAUUUUACGCACAAUUAAAAACAAGCACCCGGUCAGAUGUCACAGCAAAGAAAUGGGCUGAAGCACUCGAAGCUGCUAUUGUCGCAGAUAGUAAAUAUGGGGGAGCCAGUGCUGGCUAUCGCACAUUGUUAGAUGCCUUAAUUCCAGCUUCAACAUUUCUCUAG